AUGGCUUGUUCAAAGGCCGAAGAUUUAAUCAAUCAAUUGAUUGAAGCAACAUUAAAAUUAUUAGAUUUUGGCUUAAAUAUAAUGGAUGCUUUACGUGUACAAAAAUUACUGGCAGUCCGCAAUCAAAAAAUUGGUUUAAUUAGUGAUGAUGCUUGUCUACCUGAAUGUAGUCUUCGAUUUUCACUUAAUUUCGAUUUAAUGAUGUUCAAUAAAUUACUACGCACUGCUUGUCUUCGUACUCGUGCAACACUGAAUGAAUUACGUGUUUGCCGACUACGCUAUCCAAAUACGCCGCUUGUACUUGAACCGAAGACAAAAGCUAAAUUUCAAAAAUUACAAAAAAAAAUUCAAGAUUUCGACGAUGCCGUUCGAUCCGAUAAAAUGAUUGCUCGUCGUGAUCUUCGAGAUUUUCGUGAAAUAUCAAUUAUUUUUUCACAAUUAGAACAUGAUUUAAAAUUACUUAUAUGUAGCUUGGAAUGUGCCAGUACAAUGAAAGAUACGGUUCUAUUUGCUGCACCUAUUACCGACGUUAUGACAGUAUUAUCAAUUGUGCUUAGUCGACUCGAACGUUUAGCACAAAAGGCUGAAAUCGAUGAAAAAAUUGCUGCAGCUGAACAACAAAAAGUAAAUAAUAAUCAAAUAACAAAAUCAAAUUCUGCGACACCUCAUCGUAGACAAACAUCGGCUCCAGUAAUAGCAAAACGUCGUACUAAUGAUAUUUUAUUUAACGGAAAAAAUACAAAUCGUACGUCCAAGCAACGUCGACAAGACGUGACAACCAUGAUUGCAGCUGCUACUCAACAUAAUAAACGAUCAAAUUAUGACAAGAAUUCUGUUCAAAGUGAUACACCACAAGUGAUACCGUCGGAUGAAAGUUACAAAGAAAGUAAUUCAAUCGAAAUCAAGUCUAAUGAAAAUGAUUCGACAUUACUUAGACCAAUUUAUCGUCAUUAUGCACCAGUAAAAUCCAAUAGAUCACGGCAGACAAAAAAAAUUGUUUCAUCGCCCAAAGAAAAUAUUCCAGACCAAAGUCUAUCGAAUCAUCGUAAAAUAAAACGGUUUCAUCAUGAAUUUAUACAAAGAUGGACGAAUGAUGCACGUAAUAUAUAUGAACGAAGUCAUCUGAUACAUUCACCUGAUACUUAUUCUUAUCAAAUGACUAAUGUUGAUUUAGAAAAAACUAAUCGAUCUAGACCAAAACUAGCAUCUGUUCGUCGUCAUCGUUCUCUUUCGUCUUCAUCACAUCUCAAAAAUAGUUAUACAUCGUCUUCUCCAUUAUUGAAUGAAUUGCGUAAUCGUAAAACAAAAACACAAUCAUUCAAUUCAUCUAGUCUUUCAUCGACACUGAACAAUCAAUUGAAUAAUAAACAUAAGAAUACAUCAUCAAAUAAUAGUGCAUUGGUUAAUCAUGAGUCGAAAAACGUUCAUGAUAAUAUUGAAUGUAAAAUUAGUUGA